AUGGAUAAGACCAAUUUUGUCCUGAAUUUCAGUGAUGAUGAUGAAGAAAAAUUCCUUGAAGGGCACUGUAUUGAGGCCAGCAAUUCUCAGAGAGACGACAGUAAAAUGUUCAUCGGAGGAGUGUCUCAUAGUAUCAGUAAGAGAGGCCUUCUUGAAUAUUUAGCUCAGUUUGGCGAGAUCAUCGACUUUGUGAUAAAAACUGACCGUAGAACUGGACUAUCGAGGGGGUUUGGAUUUGUACUUUUCAAAGAUAAUGACAGCGUUGAAAAGGUGCUCCAAGUAAAACAGCACCUUGUGGAUGGCAAGAAUAUUGAACUUAAAAGAGCAAAACCCAUAGAAUCUCCAUUCCUCCUCAAAAAGGUUUUUGUGGGUGGGUUGAACCCACAUAUGUCUGAACAAAGAAUCAGAGGAUACUUUGGAACAUUUGGAAACAUUGAGACUAUUGAGAGACCACUAUGUCCUCAUACAAAUAAAAAAUGAGCUUUCUGUUUCAUCACGUACACGGAGAAGACCCCAGUAAUCAAAUUGUUAGAAAGGAGGUAUCAUCUCAUUGGGGCCAGCCGUUGUGAAGUUAAAAUGGUAAGUUCAAAAGAGUAUUCCAAGUUCCACAUCACGGAGGCACGAAAUAUUUCCUUAGGAGGCAGUCACCAUAGCAGCCACAAAAGCCGAUCUAAGCCAGAUCCUCAAGGAGCAAAUGUAAACAUUCAAAAACCAAAUGUCAAUCCUGCUGGGGAAAGCUCAUAUUUUUGGUGGACAAACCAGAAAGUUUUUAUGGAGAGCUACAAUUAUUUGAGAGCACUCUGGUAUGUUCCUUGGUCAAACGAAGAUGUCUUUGAAGCAAAACCAUAUAAUUUCUGGGGGAACCUAAGCAUUUUCUCACAAAACAAAUAUGAUUCUGAUGAAAAACAGCAUGCUUCUGAUACUAACCAAUAUAUGUGUAAUGUAAACCAAAGUACCUCUGAGGCAAACUUAUAUACUUCUAAUGUAAGCCAAUAUGCUUCCAUGGAAAAUCUAUAUGCUUCAUGGACAAACCAAUACAUUUUUCAAGCAAAACAAUAUGCUCUCUGA